AUGUCGAGGCGUAGCUCCGCGUACGAUGUCGACGCCGCGGCUGGCCACGGGCUCGACGACUCGCCCGCGCGGGGGGCUCCGGUGCGGUCGUCGUCGCGGCCUCGGUCUAGCCGCGCGUGGCGCCAGCGCUCCCGCCGCGACGAGGGGGCCGACGCCGACGUCGCCAGCAGCCGCAGCGCCCCGCGGCAGCGCCCCGCGAUCCCCGCGAAGGAGCGGUCGCGCCUCCUGCGGUCUACGCGGGACUCUGAGCGCUCGAGCUCGCCCGUGCUGCGCGAGUCUGACCGAAGUGGAUCCACGGCAGCCCGGCGCGGACACUCGCGAGCCCCGUCCACGCCCAGCCUCGUCGACGACCAGGAGCAAUCCCGGAGGACAUCGCAGCCGCUCGCCGCGGCCACGCCUGGGUCCGCGCGGUCGCGGCUGUCUCGCGAGGCGAGCGCAAGCAGCGGCAGCGUCGCGCGCCCGACGGUCUUCCGCUCCGCGACGGUGCCGUCGACGAUCCUCGGCAUGAUCGCGGAACGCGACGAGGCGAGCGAGCCCGCCGACGACGAGGCCCGCCGCCGCGCCAGCACCAAGUUCCUGGGCGACGGCGCCGACAUGGAGGACGCCGCCAGCACCCUGCACAACUCGUCGCGGCGCGCAUCCAGGCGGGGCGAGUCCAGGCAGUGCGACGAGGACGAGACGGGCUCUCACCUGAGCCUCGACCGCCUGGUGAAGCGCGUCCAUGUCGUGCCAGGAGGUAUACCAGCCAUGUCAGCAAUCAACGAAGAGCAGCUGUCCCGCGCGUCGUCGGGGGUAUGA